CUCUCUCUGACGGACAUUUCACACACACAGCAAAGAAUGCUUAAACUGAGCUAGCAGAAGGAUUAGCUGCUACCUGGAAAAACAACAACCCAUGAGAAGAUGGGGACCUACUGAGAAAUAUUAACCCUUAAAUUAACAUAACAGCCUCCCUCUCCUCACAACAGGUGUCCCUGAUGGCCGUGUCUGCUUCCCGGUCCUCUGUGUUUACGUUUGAGUCCACAGUGCAUUCCUCCCAUGUGCUACGCUGCCUGGAUGAGCAGCGUUGGCAGGACACAUUGUGUGAUAUUACAGUGGUGGUGGAGGGCCAGAGUUUCAGAGCCCACCGCUCAGUACUCGCUUCCUGUUGUGAGUACUUCACACACAGGAUCUCCUCUCUCUCACAGGAUGGCGCAAUCAUCACUCUGCCACAAGAGGUGACAGUCGCUGGCUUUGAACCCUUGCUGAACUUUGCCUACACAUCCAAGCUACUCUUUAAGAAAGAUGACGUCUUAGAAAUACGUAACUCAGCUUCCAUUCUUGGUUUCAGAGACCUAGAUGAGGGAUGCUUUGAUUUCCUGCUCCCUAAGUUCUUCUCCAGCAGCAAGGGCUCUGCGGCUUUUCCCAGAAAGAUCUGCUGUAAGAAAAAAUGCAAAAGGCAAUUAUCAAAAGAAAACUAUGGCAUAGACUCUGAAGAUAUAUUGUUGGAUGAGAAAGAAGUAAAACCAGUUGCUGACUCGUCAUCUCAACAGGAAGUGGCUUCGCUCUGUAACAACUCAGUGAACAGCAAAAUGGGAAGUCAGAACAGUACAGACACCCUGAUACCUGUAGCAGAAGACACAAAUGAUGUUUUUAUACAGUGUCCAAAGUAUCGCAAGUUCCAGCUGGCUUGUGGGAAGGAAAGUUGUCCCAUAGCAAAAAGUCUGAACAAUCCCGUAACAGUAAUCAGGAGAGACUAUGACCUAUCCUGCUUACCCUUCUCCAGCAGCACGAAGAGUAAGAAUGAAACUGAGGUUGAAUUCCCUGGAAAUUCAACUUCAGAUUCCACCACACAGAUGCAAAGGGAACCUAAUGAGCCACGGAAGACUGAAAUACAUGACAAGAAAACAGAGGAUGCCAUAGACGGAGGGGAGGUUCAUAUGGUUACAAAUGAUGAAAAAGAGGGAAAAUUGAAUGAGAAGGAAAGAGAGAUUGAUAUUAUGAGAAAGGAAGAAGAAAUGGAGCACACAGCUGGAGUCAGUUCAUCAGCAAGAUCUAAUGUUAAGGCAGUCUCGUUGGGGCCCAGCAGAGGGUUGUGUAUAAGGUCACCUGGGUUAGUACUGGCUCACUGUCCUCCGAGGGCCUUAACCAAGGACUCUGUAAUCACGAAGUCUCUGGACCAAGAGGGAUUUGUCACUGACUCUAAAAAGGACAAGAAAACAAGGGAUUCUGGUUUACAAGAAUCAGUGUCCAUUCAGCAAAAGGAAGAGGAACAGACAGAAAAUGAGGUGGAAAGGGCAGAUCAUGCCUGUCGUGAAGGAGGGAAAAGCGGACAAACAGGCACCAUGGAGAGAGUUGCCCUGCUAACAAAUAAUACCAGACCGAGGGACAUUAUGGAAAGGGAGGUGGCUGAGAACCUGGCAAUGCAGCAGUGGUCUGAUGUGGGCUUGUCUCAGCCAAACUUCCAGGACCCUGAUGCAGGAAUUCCCUCUGACACUGGGAGUGGACAGGUGCAAAGCACAUCUUUAGAGUGGCUGAAGUUCCACGUAAACCUCGGCUCCAGCUCCUGCCCAUUUUUCCAGGAUUUGGACCAAAGCAAAUGUUUAUGGAAGGGAUCAGGGCUGGCUGAGAGCGAGGGGGCUUCUCAGUCCGGUGUGUCAUCCUUUAACUCAGGGGAGGACGGAGACUCAGAGACAGAAACAGAAGGAGAGAGUGAGUCCUACACAAGAGAGAGGGCCAGGCAGGUGCAGUUGCCAUUCUCUGUAGACUGGAUUGUGAAUCUGAGCAGAAAUGACUUCCAGCAGCUGCUGAGGCAACAGGUCCUUACGCACGAACAGCUGGAGUUUGUCCAAGAUAUGAGACGACGCAGCAAAAACCGCCUGGCUGCUCAGCGUUGCCGGAAGAGGAAACUAGAUUGCAUACACAAUCUGCAAUGUGAAAUCCACAAACUGAAGACAGAGAGGGAGAAGUUAAUGAUGGAGAAGAGCCAGCUCAGCCAGCAGAAGCUGAAAACAUGUCACAGUGUCUCUACUUUAUGUCAGAGGGUCUGCAACGAGGCCAACCUUCAGCCAGAGCAGCUCCAGGUGUUAGCCAAGUACACCUCCCCAGAAUGCCCCCUGUCCUCUCUCUUUACUCACCUAGACGCGUUCUUUUUACAGCCUGAGUUCUCAUUCCAGCCCCAGAUUUCAUUCUCGGCUUGUCCUCUGGGCCUUGAUAGGUAUAUGAUGCCUGAGGAAGCUUCAUCGAGCUCCAGGAGGGACACAGUCACAGGAGAUGAUCGGCAUUCGCUUUAGAUCCAGUACACAUUCAGUACUGCAAGUUUGUUUUCUGGUUUCUGGUGAAACAAAUCAACACAGCCAGAGUGAAUGCAAAAAAUUUUAGCAAUGAGACAAUCACAACUUUAAUCUCAAAGCACUGGGACAACAGUGUUUUCUAUAUUUGUAUUAUAUUUGCUUCAAUGCUUGAUUUCCUCAGGGUGACUAAAAUUAUCCAGAUAUAGUACAUAAACUUUAAUUAUUUAAAAAAAGACAUUUUGAUAAUAAAAUUCUCAGGUGCUAGCAGGAAAAUUCAGCACACGUUGCAGACAGUGUUGCUGCUGCUCCUGCCAUAUAGAAGGCAACACACCACAGCAUUUUGCACCUAAACCAAUCAUCUGAAAAAAAAGACUUAAAAUAAUGUUUACCUUCUAAUAUUUUUGACUGUCAUUGUUGUUUCCUUCCCUCAGCUGACCACACCUCUUCUUGGCUGUGUAUGGCACAGUACACACUUUGUCUUACUAAAAGGGACCUGGCAUAUUUUACUAAAGCUAUUUUAAAGUGCUUUGUAAUUGCACCUCAGCAGUACAAAGUAUAAUUUUAGGAGAGACGCUGCCUUGAUUAUCUUAUAUUUAACACUCUUAUCUAAAUUACUGUCAAAGGUUCAAAUGAGCAAUGUAGCAGCAACCAACUUUAUUUUGUGCGUCAUAGCUACAACCAACAGCACAAAUCUUUAUUUUGUUGUUUUUUUUUUUGUGGAUCCCAUGCAUUGAUUUGUUUUUAUGUAGCUUUUCUUGUUGACUUUCACCUAUUUUCUAAUUAAUUAG